CAUGCGCAGACACCUCGCUACCGCUAGCGAUGUUUCAAACUCUGAGCGGUGUUUGGACAAAGUGCCCCGGCGUCGCAAGAGUGAGUCCACUGGGGGUUUUCACGCGAAACAUGGGCAGUUUAAGCAGAGAAAACCGCUCCAUCCAUUCAGACAACAUCCAGGACGUCCAUAACAUCCCAAUGGACGUGAUCAUACGACCCAUUCCGCCUGUUCUGGACGAGCAGAAAGUCCAAAGCCUCAUGGCCAGCAUACAGGUGGGCGCAGAUAUUUCCGUAGUGCCACCCAUAGACGUACUUUGGAUCACAGGCGAAAAAGGGGGCAAUUAUUACUAUUCUUUUGGAGGAUGUCAUCGAUUUGCUGCCUAUCAGAGGUUAAAGAUGAAAUCCAUACCAGCCAAGAUAAUCAAAUCUAAUAUCUCAGACUUACGCACCUACCUGGGAGCAUCUACACCGAAUCUACUGUGAACCAAAACACAUUUUAUCUGGAAAGAGAAGUGACCGAGGCGCUGAACCCCCAUCCAGAUGAAGUUCAGGCACUUUUGAGCUGUCUGACUGUGUCUUAUGAAGCACUUUGAUGCACUUGGUUAAGGAAAUUGACAGAAGUUUACGCGUCAGUUCCUCUUGUUGUGUCAUUCAAUCUUAUGAAUCAAAGCUUUGUGACAACUGUUACCUGACAUAUUUAUAUUCCUUUUGUUCAACAUAACCUUUGCUUGUUCGCUGUGUAUUUCGAGUCACGAUGACUAAACAUCUCUCUUCAUCUGUCAGUUCUUAGUUUGAUCGCUAGAUGGCAGCAUUACAGCACGGAUUGAUUAAAGCAGGGCUUCCUCAACCUUUUUUUUUUUUUUUUUUUUUUUUUUUUUUUUUUUUUCAGUAAAUCCUUCGGCCUUAUCUAAAAUAUUUUAAUUAAUUGUAAGAUAUUUUAAGUAGAUAUUUAACAACACAUUUACUUUGUUUUUAAAUAUGACAUAGUCCAAAAAAAAUUAAUCCUCUUUAGUAAGUCUUUUAUUGUUAUUUAUUGCUAUUAUAUAUGCUAUUAUAAUUUUUUAUUGUUAGUUAUUUAGCUGUUCAACAAAACACGGAACCUUUGUAGUUCAGUUUGGGAAGGCUUUUUGUAGCUUGUGCUAUUAUGCUAAAUCAUUUCUGUGAUUUUAUUAAGAAUAAAAAACAGUAAGGUUU